GCCGAGGCGUUGCGAAGCGAAGCUUACAUCUAACAUCUAAAUUCGACGCUUCAUUGAGUUGGGUCAUCUGAGCAUACUCAACAACCUCAUAGUUGCCCUCGGCAAACGUUCAGUGUUCGUUUGCCGUCUCUGACGCGAAAACAGGACACACUCACAAGCUUCCCCUGAGCUGAGACCUCGGGAGUAACAUUCACUAUGGCAGCCAAUGGAUCCGAGAAUCCAGAAUCCAAGAAAAAGACACAGAGAUUCUUUGGAUAUCCCAGUGCCGUCAAAGGUCCAGAUGUUCCGUAUCAGAAUCACGAAGAUGCCAAUCCAGUAGUCACCGGAAUUCUACUUGUAAUUGGAGCAUGGCUGUGAGUAAAUCGAACCCUUCUCAAUGGGUAUUAGUAGUAGCUGACCUCAACGAAGAAUUUCCAAACUAUCUUUUGUUCAAAAAUUCCUAUGGAGCAAUGCUGGAUUUGACGGCUUACGGAAGAUCCAGCUUGACAAAUAUACCGAACGGUGGGAUGUAAGUGCUUCCUAUUCCCACGUGUAUAUAGUUCAUAUCUAAUGAUUACCUUUACAGCCUCUCGUAAUUCCAGUAUCUGAACUGGAUGAGUUUUUAUACACUCCCGACUUAUAUCCUGCUUCAUUACAAUCUCUCUCAGAAAAAGUCCUCGGUCGCUACCACACAGUUUCCGAGUAUCACGCCAAAUAUCUCUCAGGCGAACUCACCCCUUUGGCCGUAGCAGAAUCUCUACUUCCUUUGAUCCGUCGAGAUGUCAAGGACGCUUCGAACCACUCUGUUGCUUUCAUUUCUACCAACGUUGAACAUGUUUUGGCCGCAGCAAGGGAAUCUACAGCACGUUAUCAAGCUGGAACAUCUCUCGGUCUUCUUGAUGGAAUUCCAACUGCUUUUAAGGAUGAAGCAGACGUUGUGGGAUAUCGCACGACAAUCGGGAGAGCUGCAAAUGAUAGCCUAUUUCAAAUUGCUGAAAAGUCAUCCUGGCCUGUGCAAAAAUUGCAAGCCUCUGGAAUGGUCAUCCUAGGAAAAUUGAAUAUGCAUGAACUUGGUGCCGAUACCACCAACAACAACCCCAAUUGGGGAACACCAAAGAAUCCUUAUAAUGAACAGUACUAUACGGGUGGAUCAUCAGGUGGCUCCGCUUAUGUUGUUGGAGCUGGUCUCGUUCCCUUUGCUCUCGGUGCAGAUGGUGGUGGAAGUAUCCGAAUUCCAUCAUCUUUCUGUGGUAUCUACGGAUUAAAACCUUCCCACGGUCGUCUCGAAGAUACAGGAAGUACCGUUACUGUCUCUGGUCCACUUGCUGGCUCUAUGGCCGAUCUGGAAGCCGCCUAUCGAGUACUUGGACAACCUGAUCCUGAAGAUCCACACUGUGCACUCUUCACACCCCCGAGUCCAGCAAGACUGUCUACCUCUCGUCCUAAGGUCAUAGGCAUCUACAAAGCCUGGUUCGACCGAGCUGACCCCUCAGUCCGAGAAACAUGUCAAGCAGUCCUGAACCACCUCCGCGACAAACUCUCAUACACCAUAAUCGACAUUGCCAUCCCUUACCUCCCCGAAGGACAACUCGGCCACGCUUUCACCAUUCUCUCUGAAAUGGCCGUGCGAGCCCGAAGUCAGGUCCCCAAAAAUGCGGACUGGCUUGCAGCUCUCAAUCCCGCAAACAAGAUCCUACUAGCAGUGGCAUCCCAAACACCCGCACAAGACUACAUCCUUGCACAACAACUCCGCAACCUCCUAAUGCAACACCUUUCCUGGCUCUACCAACAACACCCCGGUCUCAUCAUCGUGACGCCUACCAGUCCAAUGGCAGGCUGGCCCAUCUCCUCGCCCGCAGCUCUCACACACGGGAUCACAGAUGGGAAUACCAGCGUCCGAAGCAUGGAAUACGUAUGGCUCGCCAACUUCUGCGGGAACCCCGCCAUCAGUUGUCCCGUGGGGUAUGUAGCACCAAUCAAAGGGGAAGGCAAGAUUCCUAUAGGACUCAUGGGGAUGGGCGAGUGGGGCGCCGAGGAUCAAUUGCUGGCUUUUGGGAGGGAGUGUGAGGCGUAUUUAAAUGAGUGUUAUGAAGGUGGGAGGCAGAGACCGGGUGCUUGGGUUGAUAUUUUGGCGUUAGCUGCUGCUCAUACGGGGGAUGGGAAGGAUUAGAGUGUAAAUAUGGGGCUAGGAAAGAGGGAUUGAGGGGCUGGAGUUAGAUGCCGUUUGUAGCAUUUCUCUCGCGUCAGUUUCAAUCAAAGUCUUCCAUUUUCACUACUUCAUUCUCUCCUAUCACCUAUAUAUAAGACAUUUAGGAAAACCUCUAAACACAACCUAGAUUAGAAAAAGACAUUAUCC